CUUCAAUGAUCUAGUAUAUCCGGUGAAUCACAAUUUGCUCGAGAGAAAAUCAGUACAUACUGAGCUCUUGUGGAAGUCGGCUGUGUUUAGUCUCUCAUUAGUGAUCUUUCUUUCGAUGUCUUGUUAAUCAGGAUCAAAGAAGUAGAUAAUUGAUAAAUUAACACUUGAGAGAGUAGAGCAGAACAGAGCAGAGCUGGACAGUUACGAUGCGGAUUAUCGGGAAAUGCCUUAUCGCUCUUUGUAUAUUGCUCUUCUCGCAAAGAAUCGGGAAAGCAGAUACCAAAGAUAAUGAAGUAGACGAAUGCAGUAAUUUCCCGAAUGAUUUAAAAAAUGAGAUCAAAGCGUAUGAAUCGCUGGUACAUAUUAUUAUAAACGAAGCUCUCAACGGUACUUUCAAGGGAAGAACGUGGCAAGAGUUGGCUGAUUUCGUAGAUAAGUUUGGGCCAAGAUUAUCCGGCACACAGAUAUUAGAAGAUUCGAUUGAUUAUGUUUUAAAUAAAUCGCGGUCUUAUGAUUUGGAAAAUGUUCAUGGAGAAAUUGUGAAAGUACCUCAUUGGGUUAGAGGUUUCGAAACCGCGACGCUUCUACGACCAAGAAAGAAAAGUAUCUCGAUCCUAGGACUAGGAUAUAGUGUUGCUACUCCAGACGAAGGAAUAACAGCUAAUGCUAUUGUCGUGAACAGUUUUGCCGAACUCGAAAGUAGAGCAAAAGAGGUAUCCGGUAAAAUUGUCGUAUAUAACGAAAAAUAUGUUUCGUACGGUGAAACUGUAAAAUAUCGUUCAUCCGGUGCUUCGAAAGCUGCCGAACUUGGUGCAGUGGCAGCUCUUAUCAGAUCGGUGACACCAUCGUCGCUAUACACGCCGCAUACAGGCAUGCAAACAUAUGCCGAGAACGUCACCAAGAUUCCAGUGGCUUGUAUUACGAUCGAGGAUGCCACGCUUUUGAGAAGGAUGUCAAAUAGGGGUGAAAACAUCGUAAUACAUUUGAAAAUGGAGGCAAAAAAUCUGCCGGAUAAAGAAUCGAGAAAUGUCGUAGCUGAACUAAGUGGCACGGAUAAGCCAGAAGGUGUUGUCGUAGUGUCAGGACAUAUAGACAGCUGGGACGUAGGUGAUGGCGCGAUGGACGACGGAGGUGGUGCUUUUAUUUCCUGGAAUGCUCUACAAUUGUUGAAACAACUUAAUUAUCGACCUCGCAGAACUGUCAGGAUGAUUAUGUGGACAGCCGAAGAAUUGGGAAUAAUAGGAGCGCAACAGUACAUAAAAGAACACAAAGCUGAAGAAAAAAACUUGCAAUUUGUGAUGGAAUCGGACAUGGGAACAUUUAUUCCUUUGGGUAUCGAGUAUACUGGCACGCCAUAUGUGGGAUGUGUUUUGCGAGAAAUUUUGCAACUGAUGUCCCCUUUGGGAGAGAUGAAAGUACGCACGCCAAAUGGUGGACCUGAUAUAGAGUAUUGGACGAAAGCUGGCGUACCUGGUGGAUCUCUUUGGAACAAAAACGAUAAAUAUUUUUACUAUCAUCAUAGUCAAGCGGACACUAUGCUGGUAGAAGAUCCAGAAUCUCUUGACAUGGGAACAGCUUUAUUUGCAGCUCUAUCUUACGUUUUAGCAGAUCUAAGCAUCGAUUUACCUCGGCACAAUUCACUCGGAGAAAUUUCAACGAAUAUACGAGUAUAAAGUACUCUAAAAAGGGGGAAAGAUAGAAAUAAGUUGUUAUGUACGAGUAUUUAUCAGCAGGUACAUACGUUCUAUCUUUAUUCUCAAAUGUAACGUCUCUCGUAUGUACUUACAUCCAGCCACGCGUACAAACAUAUUUUAGGCCAUCCCAGCCUGGUGGUCAUAAAGAGUUCGCUAUAUACGUAUGUAUAUUUUAUGAGUAUAACAAAUGCUUGGACGAGACGACUUGGGCUAUUAUCGCUCGUAAUUUAAAUUGGUCUUUCCGCUCAACGGAGAAUACGUGAAACGUAUACGAUAUUCUAAAUCUUUGUAAUCUUUAUCUUUCUAUUGGAGAAAUACAUAAUGCAGUUAACUUAA